CCCGCCUGUCCCAGCACUGACACCGGGCUGCCCGCACCUGAUGGCUGGUCUCUAGCUGCUGCCGCUUCUACAGGAGACAGGUGACAGGACAGCUGAGCCAUGGACGCCGCAUCCACCGAUUGUGAUUCUUCAGAUUUAGGUUCAAGUCAGGGCCACGCGUCUGGAGUCUGGAUCUCUGUGUCUUGCCGUUGACACUAUUGACCUUACAGAUGACAUUUAAAACCUAGCUCUGCUCCAAUUUCCUAAACUCAUCUGGAAAGAUGGAAGAUGUCCUGUGAUUAGUGAUGAGCGCGGAGAUCGGGCCCAGUUGCCUAGAAAUAUGAUAGAAAACAGUAUGUUUGAGGAAGAACCAGAUGUGGUUGAUCUUGCUAAAGAACCCAACUUAAAUCCUCUGGAAUCUGAAGAAGUGGAAUAUGAACCAAGAAGCUCUCGCCUACUUGUGCGUGGAUUGGGUGAACAAGAGCUGGAUGAUGAUGAAGAAAAUUAUGAAUCUUCUGCAAAACUCUUGGGCAUGUCUUUCAUGAACAGAAGUUCAGGUCUUCGAAGCAAUUCAGAGAACUAUCGACAGAUUCAAGAGGGACUAUGUCCGGUUCCAUCAGUGAGAACUGUGAUUGUGGGCGUUGUACUUGUUGUGAUCUUAGUUUCCAUAAUUACAGUCAUUUACUUGCUUCCAAAGUGUACAUUUACCAAAGAAGGAUGUCAUAAGAAAACUCAUCCUAUGGAACAGAUAUACCCCAUUGCCACCAAUGGAGAACUCUUCCCAUGGACUAAAAGUAGACUUCCAAACUACAUUAAACCCUUGGAAUAUGACAUUACUCUUUAUCCUAAUCUCACGACCAUGACAUUUUCUGGCAAAGUUAACAUAAAGCUAAGUAUUGUUGAGAACACCAAGGCCAUUGUGCUUCAUAGCUCAGGUCUCCAAGACAUACAGGCAAAUGUCAAUUUAACAGGCGGUGCCAUUCAUAGCCUCUCCGUUUUGGAAUAUCCAACUUUUGAGAUGAUUGCAAUGGUUUUGUCUGAACCAUUGCUGAAAGGAACUGAAUGCUUGCUUACCAUUGAAUACCACUCCAACCUUUCAAGUUCUUACUAUGGAUUUUACAAAAUCUCCUAUAUGAAUGAAAAUAAAUCCAGCAGGUGGCUUGCAGCUACACAGUUUGAGCCUCUCGCAGCAAGAAAAGCCUUUCCUUGCUUUGAUGAACCGGCGUUUAAAUCCACAUUUCGACUGAAGAUGAAAAGAAGUAAAGAAUAUAUUGCUCUAUCAAACAUGCCGAAGACCAACACAUCAGUUCUCCCGGACGGUCUUCUCCUUGAUGAAUUUGCCACCAGUGUAAAAAUGAGCACCUAUUUGGUUGCUUUUAUAGUGUCCGAGAUGAAAAAUGUAACUGCAAAUGUGAAUGGGACUUUGGUAUCUGUCUAUGCUGUACCACAGAAGAUUGACCAAGCCCAGUAUGCACUGACGGCUUCAAUUAUCCUGCUUGAUUUCUUCUCAGAGUACUUCCAAAUUGAAUACCCCCUUAAAAAAUUAGAUCUAGUGGCUAUUCCAGACAUUCAAGCAGGAGCCAUGGAGAACUGGGGUCUGCUUACCUUCCGGGAGACCACACUUCUGUACAAAGAGAAUUCCUCAUCACUUAUGGAUAAGCAGUUAAUUACUAAAGUCAUAGCUCAUGAAUUGGCCCAUCAGUGGUUUGGAAACCUUGUGACCAUGGAGUGGUGGAAUGACCUGUGGCUGAAUGAAGGCUUUGCAACGUACAUGGAGUACUUUGCUUUGCAGUCAAAAUUUCAAGACCUGAAUGCUGAUGAUAACUUCCUGAUAGAUCGCUGCAGGGCCUUGGAAAAGGAUUCAUUACAGACGACUCAUGCUAUAUCUACAGAUGUGCAGUCUCCAGAACAAAUCGAGGAGAUAUUUGAUGACCUUUCUUACAUAAAGGGUGCUUCCAUUCUGCAGAUGCUGAAUGCUUAUCUCUCUGAGAAAGUCUUUCACGAGUGCAUUGUUAAGUAUUUGCAAGAUCAUCAAUAUGGAACAACGAAGAGCGAUGGGUUAUGGGACAGCAUGAACCUGGUCACAAAAUCGAAUCCAGAUGUGAAGAACAUCAUGAAGACCUGGACUCGACAAGCUGGUUAUCCUCUGGUGACUGUUGAAAGGAAGGGAAAGGAGGUGUUUGUGAGUCAGGAGCGAUUCCUUCGAACUGUAAAUUCCAGCAAUGCCACUGGAAAUUCUAGCACCCUGUGGAACGUGCCUCUGUCUUAUACAUUUGGACCCUGUGAAGGACCUGCAUGUUUUUCAGCAUUUUUACUAAGUCAAAAGCAAGGUAAAUUCGUUUUGCCAAGCGAACCCUCCUGGCUGAAGUUUAAUGUGAAGAUGGCUGGAUACUACAUAGUGGAUUAUGGUCAAGAUGGUUGGGAUGCUCUCAUUAACCAGCUGCGAAAAAACCCCACUGUCUUCGCUGCCAGUGAUCGAGCCAACCUGAUCCAUGACAUGUUUGCCCUUUCAAGUGUUGGAAAGAUCCCGCUGUCAAAGGUAUUUGAUUUCCUUUCCUAUCUUGUAAAUGAAACGGACAUUGUCCCAAUCAGACAAGCACUUCAGCAGCUCCGCAUCAUCCAGAGUCUCCUGGCUAAACAGGGCUUCCUUGAUGUGGCAUCAAACUUAGAGACCCGGGCCUUUGACCUUUUAAGCCGUCAAAUUAACAAACAAGAGUGGACGGAUGAUGGAUCAUUGUCUGAACAGGAACUAAGAUCGUUACUCUUGGAUUUAGCGUGUAUGCGUGAUGAUAUCAACUGUGUUCACAAUGCUACUGAGCUGUUCAAUGCCUGGCGAAGCAAUGGGACACAUCUCCCAACAGCUGUCAGGAAAGUUGUAUUUAAAGUUGGAGCCCGCACAGAUGACGGGUGGGAGCAUCUGUACAACAUGUACUGCACAUCCUUGUCUGAAGCAGAGAAGAUGAAAAUGCUGGGAGGACUUGCCAGCACAUAUAAUGGCAAAAAAUUACAGUGGUUGAUGUCCGCCAGCCUUCAUGGAGAAGGUAUAAGAUCACAGGACUUUCCCACUGUUAUCCGGCUCAUUAGUGAGAAUAUUCCUGGGCAUGUGCUGGCUUGGAAUUUUGUCAAACAGAACUGGGAUGAAAUUACUCAGAAAUUCCUUCCUGGCUCGUUCCCUAUACAGUCCAUCGUGACCAAGACUACUGCUCAUUUCGGUACAGAGGUUUACUUAAAUGAGGUGAUUAAUUUCUUCAAUUCUACUAAGGGCAAAAGCAGAGAAAUGUGGUGCGUGAAAGAGGCCAUUGAAACCAUCAAACUGAACAUCGAUUGGAUUGCCAAAAACCAUGACAACCUUUUCUGGCUGUAGCUCAC